AUGAACUCUUUCACCUGCACAGACCCCAACUUCACCAUCUUGGAGGAAGGGCUCAGUGCCAGAGAUGCUGUGGAGCAGAUCAUAAGUAAACUAUCAAUGUCUGGCGGGGAGGAUGCGUUCUACGUGGCGGACCUGGGGGAUGUGGUGAGGAAGCACCUCCGGUGGACCAGAGCUCUGCCCCGUGUGCAGCCCUACUACGCAGUCAAGUGCAACCCCAGCAGAGCAGUGGUCAUGGCCUUGGCUGCUCUGGGCGCUGGCUUUGACUGUGCAAGCAAGGCUGAGAUCCAGCUGGUGCAGUCUGUGGGUGUGUCUUCAGAGCGCAUCAUCUACGCCAACCCCUGUAAACAACUGUCCCAUCUGCAGUACGCUCUGCAACACGGUGCCCACACCAUGACCUUUGACAACGAGGAAGAGCUCCUCAAGAUAGCUCGCUGCCAUGGCAACGCUAAGCUUGUUCUGCGCAUCACUGCAGACGAUUCAACUGCCCGCACUUGUUUAAGCGUGAAGUUUGGCGUCCCCCUGAGGAAGUGUCGGGCACUGUUGGAGCGAGCUCGUCAGCUGUCUCUGGAGGUCGUCGGGGUCAGUUUCCACGUGGGCAGCGGCUGCACUGACCCCAAGACCUACUCUCAGGCCAUCGCUGAUGCACACCACGUCUUCCAACUGGGGGCAGAGCUGGGAUUCAACAUGAAGCUCCUGGAUAUCGGGGGAGGCUACCCAGGAACAGAGCAUGCCAAGCUCAAGUUUGAGGAGUGUGUGGCGGUGAUCAACCCUGCGCUGGACCGGUACUUCCCUGCUGGCUCAGGUGUGAAGGUCAUUGCUGAGCCUGGCUGCUAUUUCGUAGCCUCCGCCUACACGCUUGCUGUCAACGUCAUCGCCAAAAACGAGGUGCUGGAUGACGAGCCCCCCACUGACGAGGAUGGCACUAGGAGUGGUGACCGUACCCUGAUGUACUAUGUGAAUGACAGCGUUUAUGGUUCAUUCAUGUGCAGUUUCAUGGAGGAUUUUGAAAUUCCACCAACCCUUCUCAAGAGUCCUGAGCAGGGUGCUCAGUGGUUGCCAUGCAGUGUAUGGGGGCAGACGUGUGAUGGGAUCGACCGCAUUGUGGAACACACCACCCUGCCAGAGCUACAGGUGGGGGACUGGCUGCUGUUCGAGAACAUGGGGGCGUACACUGUUGCUGCUUCUUCAAACUUCAAUGGCUUCCAGAGUCCAGACGUCCAUUAUGUCAUAUCUCACACCGCUUGGCAGCACCUGCAGCAGGCCCAUGAACAGGGCAUCAUGCCCGUAUCCAAGGCGACAUGUGUUCCAGGCAACAUGGCAUCCGGCUGUGUCCUGCCCGUCUCCAAGGCGACAUGUGUUCCAGGCCACAUGGCAUCCGGCUGAGGCAUGUCCGUCUCCGCUGCAGAGCUGAGCCAGAACCAGGGGCAGGGAUGUACGGUGGCGAGUGGCUGUGGGCGCCAGACCAGCACCCUAGAGCUUCCA